AUGAACGAAGUGACUGAGGUGUACACCUUUGGACAAAAUAACUAUGGAGAACUUGCUCUUAAUGAUAACAAAGAAAGGUUAGUCCCAACUUUAGUUGAGAAUUGAAAAGACAUGAAUAUUAUUUCAGUAGCAGCAGGAAAUGAGCUUACACUUGUGCUUACCGAAUCAGGUCAGGUCUAUUCUUCAGGAUUCAAUGAACCUGGGGCUUCCAGUGUAAUUAAUAAUUCCUACGCUUCAGCUCAUAGUAGUGUUAACACUCUUAAGCUUGUGGAGAAGCUGGAUAAACAUAUUGUGAAGAUAUAUGCUAAUAAUGGCUGAGAACAUAUUAUAGCAAUUAGUUCGCAAGGGGAGGUAUUUGCUAUGGGUUAUAAUGCCAAAGGCCAGCUCGGUAUUGGAGAUACAAAGUUUACAUCAACUCCAACACCAAUCGCUGCUUUUACAUCUAAAUUUGUGACCACAGUCGGUUUGUCUUAUUAUCAUACUGUGUUCUCGUGAGGAGAUGAUCUAGAAACUUAUUCUUGUGGAAGGAAUGAUCAUGGUCAACUUGGCUUAUGACAUACAAAAGAUAUAACAGAGCCAACCUUGUUAGAAACACUUCAAGGAAAGAAGGUCAUAUCCAUUGGCUGUGGACAGUACCAUACUCUUCUGGCAACCAACCUGAGCGAAGUAUAUUCAUUUGGAAGGAACGAUAGCGGCCAACUUGGGCUAUCCUACAAGGUGGAUUCUAAAAAUACACCUACUAAAAUUGAAGGAAUGUUCAGCUCAAAGGUUUCAUGUGGUUACUAUCAUUCUUUAGCCAUCACAUCAACAGGGAAGCUGUACUCUUGGGGAAGGAAUGACUCUGGUCAACUCGGCCAUCCGGACAAAAGCAAGCAUUUUGAGCCCACUAAUGUGAAAGAAUUUGAUGAAACCGAGGUUAUUGACAUUGCGUGUGGAUGAUAUCAUAGUUUAGCACUUACUUAUGACUAUAAAGUAUAUACUUUUGGAAGAAAUUGUCACGGCCAACUUGGAAAUAAUACAAAGAUUUCAGAAUUCAUACCUACUCAGCUAAAGGAGAUCGAGCAUCGAAAAGUCAUUCAAGUGGCAGCUGGAUUCUACCAUUCGGUUCUACUAGUGAGUCAAUCUCAAGAAGAUGAGCUUGCCAAUGACCUUAAGAGUUUGCUGAAUAACCAAGAGUUCAGUGAUAUCACAUUCGUAGUUGAAGGUAAGAGAAUCCAUGCUCACAGGUGAAUCCUAAUGGCAAGAAGUGAACCUCUACAAAUGAUGGUCAAUGGGCCUAUGAGGGAAAGCUACGAGGAAUCGAUUGUGAUUGAAGAUGUUACGUACGACUGCUUCAAUGCCUUCCUCCAGUUCUUGUACACUGAUGAAGUGCCUGCACUUCGUGAGAAUGACAUUGACGUAGAGAUGGUCAUCGAGCUGAUGUCCAUUGCUGACCAAUACCUUGUUGAUCAUUUGAAAAUCUUAUGAGAGAAGGCAAUUGAGAGAAACAUCAAGGUUAAAAAUGUAAUUUUUAUGCUCAACGAAGCAUACAAGAGAGACAUGAUUUCUUUGAAAAAGAAAUGCAUUUCUUUUGCAUUGAAGCAUUUUUCCGAGGUAAUUAUCCAGAAUGAUUUUCUGGACCUCCAGAAAAUCAUCCUCAAGGAUAUAUUCAAGAAUGCUUCAAGGAAAGGAGUCUUUGUCAAAGAUGUUUCUGGCUAAAUCGAAUUAUUUUCAA